UUAACUCAGCCACUUCCUGACAUAACAGUCCCGGUAUGGAUAAACAAGUCCCGUCCUCUACCGGCUCCAUGUCCACCGCGGUGCUCGUGGCUGCUGUGGUCGGCGGUGGGGUUCUCCUCCUAAUGCGCCGCUUGUUCCCCCGACAAAAGGCCGUCCAGCUGCUCAGGUAUCCCGCCGCCACCAUGCUGGGGAAGACAGUGAUCGUGACCGGAGCUAACAGCGGGAUCGGCAAGGCUCUGACCGCGGAGCUGCUGAAGCUCCAAGCCCGGGUCAUCAUGGCCUGUCGGGACCUGCGAGGCGCCGAAGAAGCAGCUCGGGACAUCCAGAGAGACGCUGGAGCACAGAAGGGAGAGGUGGUCAUCAAACACCUGGACCUCGCUUCCCUCACAUCAGUCAGGACAUUUUGUGAGGAAAUAAAUAAAGAGGAGCCCAAGAUCGAUGUGUUAGUCAAUAAUGCAGGCAUCUACCAGUGUCCCUACACAAAGACGGAGGAAGGCUUUGAGAUGCAGUUUGGAGUAAACCACUUGGGUCAUUUCCUCCUCACUCACCUGCUGCUGGACCUCCUGAAGGCCUCAGCUCCCAGCCGCAUCGUCGUGGUUUCUUCUAAACUUUACAAAUAUGGCCACAUUAAUUUUGAUGAUUUAAACAGUGAAAAUGGCUACAACAAAGCUUUUUGCUAUAGCCAGAGCAAACUGGCCAACCUGCUGUUCACACUAGAGCUUGCCCGUCAGUUAGAGGACACAGGGGUCACCGUCAACGCCCUCACCCCGGGUAUUGUGCGGACCAGACUUGGCAGACACGUUCAGAUCCCUCUCCUGGCUAAGCCACUCUUCUACCUGGCCUCGCUGGUCUUUUUUAAAAGCCCACUGGAGGGAGCUCAGACUCCACUCUAUCUGGUCUGCUCCCCAGACGUGGAGGGAGUGUCGGGGAAGUGCUUUGCCAACUGUGAGGAGGAGAAGCUGAUGUCCAAAGCUACAGAUGAGCAGGCGGCCAAGAGGCUGUGGGACAUGAGCAGAAGAAUGGUUGGAAUCGCUGAGUGAACAAAUACAAGCUCAGAAUUCUAGCAGUAGAUUGAGCUUUGUUGUAUUUCUUUGAAUGACAAUGUUCAAAAACAUUUUGUGCCAAUUUUAAAAUGAGGAUUUUGGUUGGUGAAGUCCGCAAAACAACUUCACGAAGAUCAAAUUCUUGUAAAAAGAUUUUUACACAGUGCACUUUUAAGCUGUUUUAUUCAUAUGUAAACUGCAAAAGUACGUGAAAAAAUCACUAUAAAAUAAGAAAUUGUGCUUAUACUUGUGCAGCAUUUUAGAUUUUCUGCAGUUUAUCACUCAAAAUGCUGCUGCUGCUGCUGCACUGUAGCUCCCCCUAGUGGCUGACUUUGAUCUCCUGUGUUUUCUUUAGCAAAUCAACGGCAGAGUUAAAAAAGAAAAAGAAAUUGCGCAUCAACUAGCCACAAUUAAUGAAUCAAAGUUGGUUUUAAGGAUUGAAUACUAAUAUUAUCCUAACUUUCAAUUACUUUUUGUAGAAAAAAAAAGAGUGGAGGUCCUGUAUUAUAGUAGAGCAAGAUCCAGAAUUUUCUGAACAUUUCUGAAACAAUGUGCUAUGUAUUUUAAUGCUGAAUAAAUUAAUGUAUAUAA